GUAUUUUUGCUACGUGUCAGGAAGUUCUGUAGUCAACAUGGCGGCGCAGCAGGGUGAUGUUGAUGAACUCUUCGAUGUGAAAAAUGCCUAUUAUAUCGGCAGUUAUCAACAAUGUAUUAACGAGGCUCAGAAGGUGAAGCCCUCGUCUCCAGAGAAGGAGACUGAAAGGGACAUGUUUUUGUACAGAGCAUACAUUGCCCAGAGGAAGUACGCUGUUGUCCUGGAUGACAUCAAGGGCAGCUCUCCACCCGAGCUUCAGGCUGUCAGAAUGUUUGCUGAGUACAUGUCCAGUGAAAGCAAAAGGGAUGCUAUUGUUGCUGACCUAGACAAGAAGAUGGCAAAGAGUGUGGAUGCUGCCAACACCACCUUCCUCCUCAUGGCUGCUUCCAUCUACUACCAUGAGAUGAACACUGAUGCUGCUCUCAGGACUCUGCAUCAAGGAGAAAGCCUGGAGUGCAUGGCCAUGACCAUUCAGGUCUUGCUGAGUCUGGAUCGUGUUGACCUGGCGAGGAAAGAGCUGAAAAAGAUGCAGGAGCAGGAUGAGGAUGCUACUUUAACCCAGCUGUCCACUGCCUGGGUUAAUAUUGCUGUGGGUGGAGAAAAGUUGCAGGAUGCCUACUACAUUUUCCAGGAGAUGUCAGACAAGUACUCCUCUACACUGCUGCUCCUCAACGGGCAGGCGGCCUGUUACAUGGCUCAGAACAAGUGGGAGGAAGCUGAGGGAGUGCUACAGGAGGCACUUGACAAGGACAGCAGUCACCCUGAGACGUUGAUCAACCUCAUAGUGCUGACCCAGCACCUGGGCAAAGCUCCUGAGGUAACCAAUCGGUACCUCUCUCAGCUGAAAGAUGCACACAGAGCCCAUCCAUUCCUCAAAGACUAUAUAGCUAAGGAGAAUGAGUUUGACAGACUAGUGAUGCAGUACGCUCCCACCGCUACAGCAUAAGACACCUGCUUUUGCUGAGACACCGCACCAAUAGACUUCAGUAUAACACCAUGAAAUAUCAACAGUCUCUUUCUCUCUCUGACCUGCAGACCUGUAUUUGUUUUGAUAUUUUUACUUGUAAUAUUUAAACCAGACCAGAAGUCAUCAUGGCCCUUUGGGUUCAGAUGAAACAUGUCUGCCUUAGUAUCCAUACUUUAUUUGCAUUUUUAAAAUGCAGUUUAAUAAAGCAUUCCUUCGAAAUGGUAAUAAAUGUUUAAUACUUGC